UCAACACAGUCUUCACCAGUGAACUGAUACUGAUCCGAUUCCGUGUCGUUAAAAAACGGAUUUUUUGAGGGCCGUAGAACGGAUUGGUUUCCGUUCUCUAACGCUAGAGUCGCAUGAAGGCAAUAACGUUAUGCCUACCCUCUAGCGCCUCUAGCUGAUUCAUAAUCGGAUUCGUUUCAGUUAACCGAUUUUUGACAAAGCAGCGCGUUGUUCAAAUCAGUGAGCGGACCCGUUUCCGUUCACAGAUCCCUUUCAGUUUAUUAUCAACUUGUUUUUAUAAUAAGAAGCCGAAACCUUUCCAUUAUUUGAACGGAUUCGUUUCCGUUUCCAUAGCACGUUUUUAGUAAACAAACUGUUUGCUUAUUAGAAUAACGUACGUGCUUAAUGUGAGUGCAAUAUUUUGUUUUCAAUAAUGCCUAUGUCAGAACAAUUAAGGAAAAUGGUUGCUGAAGGGAAAAUCAAAAAAAAAAGACCCAGGGCAGAAUCAUGGACUGCAGGAAAGAGAUGGGAUAGAUUAAAAACUGUAAAACAAAAAUUAGAAACCCUUCAUGGAGAAAAUGAGGUGCAAUAUGCUCUGUUUGUGGUGUAUCCAAAUCCCCGAGGAGAUCCUUCCCAUUAUCUGUUCAAGGAAGGGGAAGAUAUUGAAAAGCUAGUCAACGAAAACAUGCUCUUCAACAAGAAUUUUCUCCACCUUAAACCUGCAUGGAAGAACCCCCCUCAAUUUAACCAAGAGCCCAUUGUAAAAAAAAAAAAGGAAAAUCCCAAAACUAAUGAAAAUGAACUACCGAAUCCCAACAGAGAUACUAAUAGUGCAGCUGAUGUUCAUGAAACUGAUGAUUGCAUUUCAAUAUCUUCCAAUUCAGAAAAAUGUGAUAAAGAAAAGUUAAAACGGCUUGUUAAAUUUUUCAACAUUGCAGUCCUAUUAUACGGAUUAAUAUAUUAAGUCUGUAAUUUUAUGUGGAAGUUAAACCCUGAUGUAUGUGUAAUUGUAUGUGUGUCAUUCGGUGGUCGGCGGCUUGGUGGUUGGAAUCAUUAUGAGCGUUAAUAAGUGAAGAAGUGCUUCCGUCCUUCACAUUCGGUGACUGUCAGAUUCAAAUAAACAAGUGACAAGAA